AUGGCCUCAUCCAAUAUUAACGUCCUAUUGACGUCCUUCCCAGGACUGUCUCUGCCAUCGACCCUCUCGUUCACCUUACCCUCGACAUCCAGCAUCUCAGAUUUGACAGAGAAAGUCGCCUCAUACCUUCCACCUUUGAUCUCACUACAGUCUCUCACCCUCACCACUACCAACAACAAGCAGCUCGCACCCUCGGAAUGUGCGAAAUCGAUCCUCUCUAUCUGCGAUGGCGAGUCCACCUCUGGCCUUCUUCCUCUCCGUCUCGCUGUGCCAGUGCGAGGUGGUAAGGGUGGUUUCGGAUCCCAGCUGCGUGCCGCAGGUGGCCGCAUGUCCAGCAAGCGCAAGCGCAACCAAGGUGACAACAACAGCUCCAGCCGAAACUUGGACGGUCGUCGACUACGUACCGUCAAUGAGGCGAAGGCCCUCGCAGAGUAUCUUGCGGUCAAGCCAGAUAUGGACAAGAAGGAAAAGGAAGAGCGUCAGAAAAGGUGGCAAGCCGUGGUCGACAUCGCGGAAAAGCGUCAAGACGAAUUGAAGAACGGUACCGGCAAGGCAAAGAUCGAUGGUCAGUGGAUAGAAGACAAGGAUGAGAUGAACGAGAAAGCCCGCGAGGCAGUCUUGCAGGCUAUGAAGGACGGUCAAUGGACAGAUAGCCUCCGUGACGCCAUUCUCGGCGGAUCGAGCACCAGUGCCAGUGAGGGCAGUGAGGAGGAUGGUUCAUCCAGUUCUGAAGAGGAUGAGAGCGAAGAAAACGGCGAGUCGUCUGCUGCUGGUCCAUCUGUGCCUCAAAAGGCAGCGCCUCGGAAGUUCAUCGGAUUCGAUGAUGACGAUGAGUUCAUGAGCUCUUCCGAAGACGAGGAGAUGGAAGGAACCGUCACGGGAAAAGGAAAGGCUCGUGCAUGA